UCAUUCUCGCUCGAUCUCCAUUCUACAUGAAUCAUCUCCGUGUAAUAUGUAGCGAGAAAAGAGGGAAAGAGUAGGAAGAUAAAGGCGCGCUACGUCGAAUCAGUCACCACGUCACCGGGUAUACGGGACACCGUUGCGAGCGGCACCACGAGACGAGACGCGUAUAUAGCCGCAUCUAGAGGGGAGAUCCGACACAACCUGACCUGUCCGUGACCACUGUACCGUACCCUCGCUUUUGACAUCGGCGGCGGCGGCGGUGGCGGCGGCAGUGGUGGAGGAGUGUGCGUGCCAGUGGGAAAGGUAAGAUGGCGGCGGACGGAGAUGCGGUGAUUCCGGACCAGGAAAAAGUGCGAAUAGUCUCGGAUUUUAUAUUGCACUCGCCGCCGGGCGAGUUCAAUGAGGUGUUCAACGACGUGAGGGUCCUGCUGAACAACGACAACCUGUUGAAGGAGGGCGCAUCCGGGGCCUUCGCUCAGUACAACAAGGACCAGCUCACGCCUGUUAAGAUUGAGGGAAGCGACCAUCCAGCGCUCAUAACAGAACACAAUGACCUGGGUUCUCAGAGGUUUUACGACGCACGGAGUAAGCAAAGUUUUAAAUAUGAUCAUUUGAGGAAGGAGGCGCAAGAUUACGAAUCCUAUGAACCAGACCCUGCAGCGGAACCUUGGAGAUCAGCUCUUCAAGAGGAGAUAACGAAUUAUACUCAAAGUCACUACAGACAUGGUGCUUGCUCAGUUUUUGGAAAAUCCCUUGGAGGAAACAUAACGCUAACAGCAUGCAUAGAAGAUCAUCAGUUUCAACCUAAAAACUUCUGGAACGGCCGCUGGCGUUCGGUGUGGACCGUAAGUUUUACUCCAAAUUCGGGAAACGCCGAAUUGAGAGGUAGUCUCAAAGUACAAGUACAUUAUUACGAAGACGGAAAUGUACAACUGGUCAGUAGCAAAGAGGUGAAGGAGAGCCUGUCGAUCUCCAAUGAGAAGCAAACGGCGAAGGAUUUAAUACGGUUUGUCGAGGAAUCGGAAAAUGAUUAUCAAACGGCAAUCUCCGAGAACUAUCAAACGAUGUCUGACACCACUUUCAAGGCAUUGCGAAGGCAAUUGCCAGUAAUGCGGACAAAAAUCGACUGGAACAAAAUCGUAUCGUACAGUAUUGGCAAAGAGCUUAAAAGUCAAUAGAAAUAGAUUUUUUAUAUAAUAAUAAUAAUAUUAAAAGAAAUAAUUAAAAAAAGGAAAAGUGCAUUUUGCUGCAUGAGUGAAAAGUCUGGAGGUGUGAUGUGCAUAGGAGCAAACUAUAACAUUACCGAGUAAACGUUUGAUUGGAGAUAUUUGAUUCGUGUACAUGCCACUCAAGGUUCCUCUCGACUCUACAUUGUAAUCUUGUUACAAAAAGCAAUAAAAAACAAAGGGAGAUCGGCA